AUGACGACGUAUGCAAAGCUCAUGGAUGACCCGAUAGGAAUUACGAAGAGAAAGAAAAACCCGAAAAUUAGAAUAGGAACAUGGAAUGUUCGAGGAACAUAUAGCGAAGGAAAACUCAAACAAAUAGUUCAAGAAUUACAAAGGUAUAAUAUAAAUGUAGCAGCUAUACAAGAGGCGAAACAAAAAGGCAAAUUCAUUACUGAAAUAGACAACUACAUAUUAUUUAAUAGCGGAAUUGACAACAGAGAACUAGGAACAGGAUUCAUGGUGAAGAAGAACCUGAAAGGAGUAGUAAUUACCUUCAAACCAAUCUCAGAAAGAAUGAGCUAUAUAAGAUUGAGAAGAGACGCCAACGCAAUGAUAGGUAAAGAGAAUUGCUACAGGCCAACAAUCGGGAAAGAAAGCAAACACCAAAAAACGAAUCAAAAUGGAGAAAAACUGAUAGAGUUUGCAGAAGAAAAUAAAAUGGUAGUGAAAAGCACCUUCUUUGCGCAGAAAGAGAUCUACAAAAGCACAUGGAUGUCACCUGACGGAAAAACGGUCAACCAAAUAGACCACAUACUGGUAGAAAGGAGAGAUGCCCAACUAAUAACCAGAUUAAGAAGCUACAGGGGAGCAGAAGCGAAUUAA